UGUUAAAAGUAACGCUGAAUGGUGUGGACACCAUGCAGUGUUAAUUUAACACUGGUACAUUUGCUGUGUACCAGCAGACAGAUGCAAAAAGCUUAUAAAUGGCUACAAAAAAUGUUUAGAAGCUCUCAUUUUCGACAGAGGUUCUGUGACCAAAUAUUAGUGAAGGGGUCUGAUAAUCGUGUCCAGCAUGCUUUUCAUGUCUAUAUUUUUUAUUUCAUUACAUGAAAGCUUUUCGCUGUUGUUGUUGGUGGUGUUCACUAACUUUGGACAUUUUAUUUAAUAUUAUUAUGAUUAUACAGAAUUGGUUAAUUUGCAAUCAUUUCUGAAUAUAUUCUACAUUCUGUACUGACAGUUGAGGGUAAAUCCACACAGCAACCCACUGAUGCGCGAGAUUUUGCUUGGUUUGGCCAAUGGCCAGUACACACCUGAAAGUCUAUAGGAUCUUUAGCUUUCCGCUAACGUUAUAAUAUAUUUAGCUUGCUAACAUUAACAUUCACUAUCUUGCUCAAGAUGUUUCCUACUAUUAAUGUUAUGCAUGCAUAGGUGACAUGGCUUAAGCAAAUUUUUCUGUAUUUUAAGAAUUAACCUUUUUACAGUUUUUCUCAGUUGCUUUGCUACAUUUCACAUAUCAAAAAUGAAAUUCUGAAAUGAAAACUAUUUCUACAAUCUCCAUGUCACUUGAGCACAUAAAUGCAAAGUAUCAUUCUUUUGGUGAAUUUGCAAAUGCUUUGACACAGACAUGCAAUUGAUUAUGUACAAUCAUGUUGGUCAAAAUGUAUUAUACUGGUUCUCUGUUGAAUAGUCUUACCCUGCAAAACACCUAGGCAGUAGUUCCUUGUAUAAGUCAUUACAUGCAAAAUGGUUGAACCAGGUGUCAUAAUCUGUCAAGCAUAUUCUCUAUAAUAAUAAUUGAUACUUUAUUGAUCCCUGUGGGGAAAUCUUUACGCCUCCCUCACCUACCACUUUGGGUGACGACUCCGCUUUGCCUAAAAUAUCGGCUCAGUCUCUUUCUGCUUCCUCAGCUAUUGAUGAGCAUAUUGUCCCUGACCUUGUCACUAAGGCUAGGCCCACCACCUGCCUCAUGGACCCCCCCAUGCCCACCCCACUAGUUAAAAUCUGUCUGCUGGCUCUCUGCCCCAUUCUUGUCCAUAUCAUAAACACAUCUCUUCGCACAGGCUUGGUCCCCUGCUCUCUCAAAACUGCAGCUAUCACUCCAGUUUUGAAAAAAGUUGGAGCAGCCACUGAUGAUUUUAACAACUAUUGUCCCAUUUCCAACAUGCAUUUUAUCUCCAAACUUCUCGAGCGCACUGUGGCCACGCAGCUUCAAGAUCACCUGACUACUUGCAGCCUAUGGGAGGAGUUUCAGUUUGUAUUCAGGGCAAUGCACAGCACUGAGAUGGUCAAGGUCGUAAAUGACGUGCUCAUUGCUGCAGACUCGGGCCAUGUCAGUAUUCUUCUGCUUUGAGACCUUACAGCUGCUUUUGACACGGUCUGCAACAACACACUGCUCACCCGGCUGGAAACACUGUUGGGCAUUACAGGCACUGCACUUGCCUGGUUUACAUCUUAUCUCACGAGUAGGGAACAGUUUGUCUCUAUUGGUGAUUUCAGGUCCCCUAGUGCUCCCCUCUCACAUGGUGUCCCACAAGGUUUUGUCCUUGGCCCCCUGCUCUUCAUCAUCUACCUCUUCCCUCUUGGUCACAUUCUCAGUCAUCACGGCUUAAAAUUCCAUUGCUAUGCCGAUGACACACAAAUUUACAUUCACACCAAGCCCCCCCAUCCACUCCCUCCCUCCAAUCUGGUCACUUGCCUCAACGACAUUAGUAACUGGAUGACACACAACUUUCUCAAACUCAACCAUGACAAGACUGAAGCCAUUCUUAUUGUCACACCAACACUGCUGAAGAAGAUAAAUCAGUCACAGUUUUCCAUACCUAGCUAUUUCACCACUGCUACCUCUGAAGUUAAUAAUUGUCACGCCCCGCUCCGUCCGCUCCUAAUGUGUGCCACGCCCACCUCGUUACCACUCCACUUCCAUAAUGAUCUACCGAUUUAACGAAGGAUAAAUAACUCAAACACAGGUGUCACUUUCUAAAAUAUUUAAUUCAAAAACAUCUGUACUUGCUGCAUUUGUGACUUCGUACAUUGUGUGUAUUCUGUUGUUGCGAGUUUUGGGUCCUGAACAAGCUGAGAUUGGUGCUGCCUUAAAUUGUGCCUGAUGCAGUUUAGGUCACAGGGACCAAAGUGGUAUGUAAUAUAGGAAGACAAAAUGCAACUUGGAAAGAAACAAAGAUUUGUCACAGUGUUCUUUCAAAAAGCAAGCAAUGUAAGUAGAUUCUAUAUGGUAAAUAAAUUCUAUAUAGGCUUAAUCUAUACCAAGCUAUGUUGGAUACAGUUGUCAGCUUAAUUUUCCAUAUCUCUUAUAGGCUAAUUUAUGUUAUUGCAACAAAGAAAAUGACUUCAUCUAAGUUGAACUUAUGUUAAAUUAUUAUUAUUGAUUAUUAUUUCUUGGAGAAAAUAAAGUUAAAAAUCUAUGAAUGUGGCCUCACAUAAUAUGUAACAUUACAGUAUGCAGGGGCUCAGAAAAUUUGAACUUGCAACAAAUGACUGGCAAUUCCAUACCAGACAACACUGUUACAUUGCAUGCAUGCGGGCCAGUGUCAAUCAAAAUGUUUAGUAUAUUACAUGAUGCCCGAAUUCCUCAUUAAGCAUGGCUGGAAGCUUAUGAGUUGAGACCUUUUAAUUAUUUUUGGUCUCAGCCUGCUUGAGCCUAAUCUCUUCUGUGCCCCUGCUUUAUAGGGUAUACUACUACUAUGCCUGUAUGUCUAUUAAUUGUAGUGUUAAUACAGCGUGUGAGUUACUCAGCUGUAUGUCUCUGUGUUUGAGUGACUGAGACUGCUUAUGGACCUGUCUCCAUGUAUGGGUGUCUGACUGAGACUGCUUAUGGACCUGUCUCUGUGUAUGGGUGUCUGACUGAGACUGCUUAUGGACCUGUCUCUGUGUAUGGGUGUCUGACUGAGACUGCUAAAGGACCUAUCUCUGUGUAUGGGUGUCUGACUGAGACUGCUUAUGGACCUGUCUCUUUGUAUGGGUGUCUGACUUCUUUUAAACUACAUACAUAUUUUCAUAGUCUUAAAAGUUUUGGUUGUUUAUUAAUUAUUGUAAAAUGGAAGUUUAAAGGGAAUCCCUACAAAUAUGUGUGUGUAUUUGCUCAAAUGUAUGUGAAAUGAUCAGUAUUAUAAUCAAUGUUUUCUGCAGCCCAUUGGAUCAGCAUGAUGGGUUGUAAUGUGUUUAUUCUGCUGAAACUCCUACUGAUUUCAGAGUUUCACAGCCACUGUUCAUGCCUUUCACAUCAGUACCAUUUUGUAAACAUAAACCUGAGCUGGACUGAUGCCCAGACUUACUGCAGAGAGAACUACACUGACUUGGCUACCAUUGACAAUAUGGAGGAAAUGAAAAGACUAACUGAGUCUGUAGACACUGAUUAUACAGGAGAGGCUUGGAUAGGACUGAAGAAAGGAACAUCAUGGAGAUGGCAGUGGUCCUCAGGAGAAGGAGGCACUGGGUACACCAACUGGGCUACGGGUGCAACAUACAACCAGAAUAAUGGCUAUAACUGUGUUGGGAUGAAAGACGACGGUUAUUGGAAUAAUGUUGAUUGUUUUCAACAGACUCAGACAGGGUAUUUCAUCUGUUAUACUGGUAGCAGAAGACGCUCAGCCCCAGUCAGACAUGAUCAGUGGAGGCAGAGGAGGAGGAGAAGCGGGGGUUACGGACACAGCACACACGCUCGGAGAGAGAGAGAGCUCAUCAACAGCGCUCCCACCUAUAAAGACGGAAUAAAUGCUACCUGGAACUUCACCUUGAUUAACCAACAAAUUAAGUGGUUUGCUGCUCAGAACUACUGCAGACACAGUUACACAGACCUGGCCACUGUAAGGAAAAAAGAAGAUAAUGACUUGAUACAUAAAAUGUUUAACACUAGUUGGGCAUGGAUUGGCCUGUUCCGGGACACAUGGGAAUGGUCAGACCUGUCAAACUCCUCAUUCCGUAACUGGAAAAUGGGUCAAAAUGAUAGUGUGGGUACUGCAUGUGCUUUAGCACAGGUCACCUGGCCUGGGACAUGGGAUAUGACACCAUGUGAUGAAAAGCAUCCAUUCAUAUGCUAUGAUGAUAACCUCAUUCUGGUAAACAGAAGCAUGACCUGGAAUGAAGCCCUGAAUUACUGCAGAACGCACCAUUCAGACCUGGCGUCUGUCCACAAUGAGGAGAUCCAGUACUGGGUCAGUAGGAGGGCUGAGAAGGCCUCCACUGAUCAUGUCUGGCUGGGGCUGCGCUUCUCUUGCUAUCUGAACUUCUGGUUCUGGGUCAGUGCAGAAAAUGUCUGCUACCAGAACUGGGCCCCAAACAACAUAUCCAACAGUAACUUGUGUGGAACCACAGGGGCAGUACAAUCUAAAGACCCACAUUACUGGGUCAGCCUGCCUGAGACUAAGGAGCUCAACUUCAUCUGCACCAAAUGUCCAAGUAAGGCUGAUCCACGAACUCAGUACCUGCAAAAUUGUCAUAAAUGUGUAUAAAUAUGGAGCUGUACGGAUGAAGUUUUCGCUUUUAUUUUGUGUUUCUACUGUAGAAGUAGGAUUUAAACCCCUUCUCUUGAUCUUCCCCACUCCAGAUUCAGAAUGAUAUAUGAGUAGAAGAGUGAUUUAGUGUUUUGAUUCAGAUGUUUUCCUUUUGCAUAAUUUAGAGGAACUGUCAUCUCUUGUUAUUGUUACACUAAGAGUAGAAAUUAUAUAUUAGGAAUGGUAAGAUUCACCAAUUCCCAUCAUUGUACUGUCAUAAAAGUUCACAAUGUGAUUGUCAAAAUUAAAAAAAAUGGUACAUCAGA